UGAGUUGUGAGAGGUGGUUGGUGAGGUGAGGGGCAGGGAGGGCCACGAAUCUCUCACAUUCAGAAACAGUUUGCGUGUCCGAUAACAACAAAAGUUGUGAGAGGCCUCUGCCGUCUCCGUCGCUCUACUUUGUCGAUUUUGUAAACUUUUAAACUCUUCUCCCCCCCCCCCCAACUCAUGUUAAACCUUGUUUGCCAACAAAUUAAUUGCAAAAAUGACGAACUUACCAACAAACUUACGAACUUCCAAACAUGUCUUUUACAUAGUUUUGUUCAUUAUAGCUAUUUAUUUUCUCGUUAUGGAUAUUAUUCUCUACGUUACACUACAGAACAAUGUACUCUGCGAAAAGAAUGACGGCAUGUACUCUCCCUUCCGUCCUCUAACUGUGAAACUUCUGAUGACCGACCCCUUCGACCACUGGAUUACGAGUCCACUCAUGGAAUACUUUGAUGAACUCACCGGAUUCAGCGAUAUUUUUUAUUUCAUUACUCCAAACAUGAUCAGUAUUUUCCACAUGUGCCUCACUAUAUUGGCUGGUAAACUGGUCAGUUCACCUUCCUUACACACCCGCCGGAUUGCUGUGUUAGUCUUUCAGAUGCACGGUCUGUUGGACACGCUUGAUGGAAUAGUUUACCGUGCACGAACAGGUAAAGGGCAUUUAUUUCAAUCGCAUCGCUCUACUGUGGGUUACGUUAUCGACGGUGCGUGUGAUACUAUUGGUGGAACGGCGCUCUGUAUAGGACUGGCUGUUAAUUUGUGUCGUAAUCCUCCGUCUAAAAGACAGCAAAAUACCUUACCUUGGACAAAAACUGACCUGCUGAUGGACAGUCCAAACGGGGCUGCUACAACUACUGAAAAACAAAAUGGACAUGUGAGCAAAUUCACGGCUUUUUUUCGUUGCUUUUCAUUUGGUAUGCAAUUACUUCUGGCGGCUGCCAUGUGGGACAAAAGUGUAGCCAGACUCUCAGCUAUCCUUCAAGUCCCCAUAAAAGAUUCCUCUCUAGCUGCUCUUCAGGUAGAAUCGUUACACUCUGCCAGUACAUCUAUUAUAUUUCUGUUGUGGCGAUAUUCUUCAGCCAUAGCUUUACUUCAGAUGGUUUUGUUUGCUAUUUUUAUAGAUAAAGUCUGGGAAUUCCUGACAUUCAUCCUUUACAUCGGCUGGCCCGUCUUGAUUGCUGUGAUUUUCGUUACUGAACUCCACAUAAGAGCUUUACGAGAGAAAAUGCACAUGUAAAUACACACACAUAUACACACACGAACUUUGUCUAACCCCGUGGACGGAGCAUAAAAGUUUAUUUAAGAUAUUACGGAAAUAUUUAAACUAGAAAAAACUAUUUAACCACCACAACAAAGGAAAUAAAGUUCAUACUGGAAUUUACAAUCUGACAAAUCACCAAAAGCAUAAAAUUAACUGAGAAAUCUGUAAAAAAAGAACAAGACCCCUAAAAAGUGGUGAUCGAACUUUUGAAGUUAAAUUUGGUUUCUCAUGAAUUUCCCUGAGGCCAAACAACUUUUCUGUGUCAACAACCUAAAGAACAACACAAUAUGUUUUCUUUUCUAUAUUUGUACUAUAAUAGGCACAUCUAAGAUAAAUUCUGAAGUUCAGUUGGAAACCACGUGAUUCCAUAAUCGAUCUCUUGGUCAAAGGUCUUCUACGAUUGCUUCAGGCUGACCUACAACUUCUGAGGGUAGAAUUGGGAUACGGAAACUGUGCAGAUGCCCGUCACUCUUGCGCGCGCGCGCACACACAAACACACACACACACACACAUAUAUAUCUGUGUGCCUAUAUUUACAACGGUUUAAGAACAUUUGGUAUUCAUGUUAUGUCCCAGAACUAACGGUUCGACAAACGGAGAUCAAUAUGCUCUAUACCAAAUUGAUGUUAUUGCAUAUGUGUAAACCUGCAAAGGUGGUACCCCAGCAUGGUCGCAGUCCAGUUAUGUAUAUAUAUAUAUAUAUAUAUAUAUAUAUAUAACUUUUAUAAGUAAUAUUCUAAAAGAAUAUAUAACUGAACUUAUGUUGAGUGCUCAAUUAUUUUGAGCAAAUAAAUGUGUAUAUAUGUAUCAUCAUCAUCAUCAUCAAUAAACUCAUCAAUAAUAUACUCAGGAAAUCAAUAUCUAAUAUUUUGAAAGACAUACAUCCAACAUGACACGUCAACAUAAUAAAUUUAAAAUUUAAAAUAUAAAUAUCAAUAUAUAUAAAAAUCUGAAUAUAGAUAAAUAUAUGUGUGAAUAUAUAUGCGUAUAAAAAUUUAUGCGUAAUUAAGCAUGAAUAUUGUAAAGUCUAAAAUAUAAAAUAUAAAGAAACCUAAAAUUUAAAGAGUUAAAUAUCUUACGAUCGUUUCACGGAUAUUACUAUAAUCACAAAGUCAUCCAAAGAUCAUCUUAUUAUCAGUAAUUCUGCUCUUCAGAGAUGCAUUAAGAACCAAUAGUACAUAUAUAUAAUAUUAAAACAUUAGAAAUAUUAAAAAAUUAAAAAUAAUAAUAAAAUAUAUACUGUCCUUUCUAUAAAUUGUCAAAUUAAUCCUUCUGAAAUAUGUAAAGUUCAUUCCUUUCAUCCUUUGUUGAAAUUUUAAGAGUUAAACACUUAUUUGUAUAAGAAUUGGUAUAUAUUUUUCUAAAUGUAUAGAAGACCUCGGCAAAACUCAUUCCGAAUAGAGAUUACGAACACGUCUAAUGUCUUUCAAAAUAUUAAAUAUUGAUUUCCUGAGUAUAUUAUUGAUGAGUUUAUUAAUUUAUUAAUAAUAUAAAAACACAUAUAUACACACAAAAACACACACACACACACACACACACACACACACACACACACACACACACACAUAUAUAAAGAGAGAGAGAGAGAGAGAGAGAUGGUAUUCCGUGGUACAUUUAGAGUUUGUUGAAAAACAUGAUUUUUAACUCAUUUCGAUGUCAGGGUUUGUUGCUAACGAUUGCUUAUCCCCAGCAAGGAACAGACUGAACACACACACACACACACACACACACACACACACACACACACGAAUGCAUGAAUAUUUCAGUCACUGGACUGAAUAUAUAUAUAUAUAUACAUACACACACACAUACACAGAGGUGUACGCGUGUGUGUAACUUAAAUGCCUUAAAAAAAAACCACGUUAUGUUGUCAGUUUUAUUGUUGCUAUCUACGACAACAAUGACAAGGUGGAAUGUUUUGCGGUAAGUGAAGUUAUCUUUCAAAUUGUUUCGUUUACCUCUUGUUUGGUCGCGUCUAUCAACGACUUGCACCUGGCCGCGCCAGGUUAGACUUUUUUCACCUGAGUCAUAUUUGUUGUGCAGAUUGCUCGCCUCUAAAUCUGUCCAGUAGAAGAAACUGCGCAACAAUUACAUUUUUUUCUUAAACGGAAGGAGAUGCUGGGCCCGUGGUCUCUUCACUCACAGGCCCUUCAAAACCGGUGAGGUAAUUGCCGUUGUGUAUAAUAAAUAUGUUGAAUGAUGGUGAGUUUGAAAAUUUAAUUCUAUCAAACGAAACUACGAAUGAAUGACAGAAAAAUAAAAAGUAUAAAAAAAUAACAGUAAAGAAAAUCCUGCGGAAAAGUUUAUUUUUGUAUAAACGACCAACUUUGAACAACUCAACGUUUUGUACCUGUUUUAAUCUGAAUAAAAUGAAAACCCGACACCUCACGUUUUUUCCUUCCAAAUUCCGACACCAAGACAUUUCCUUCAACUUUUUGUGUUGUUUAAGCCUCCGAUCGACUCUGAUCUGCCAACAGACUUGUGUGUGUGUGUGGGGGGGCGUAAUCACACACGUACAGACGCGUGUGCGCUUAACGCAAACCUUUUCUGGUAAAUAUUUUAAGCUGUGUCAUUAGUCAAUAUGAUUAAUGUAGAACAGAUUUAAAUAACCCAGAGAAAAAUCACUCACCACAAACACAUGUGGACAGCAUACCUAACUGGCGACAGCAAUACACACACACACACACACACACACACACGCGCACACAUUUGAAAAAGUUUCAGGUUUUUGUUUAAUUUUUUUUUUUUGAUUUACUGAAAGUCAAUCUCGAACCAAUUCUGAUCAAAUAAAACUAUGAUCAUCAUAUAUAUGCAUUCCAAGCGUGGCCAUCGCAUAUUUUGGAAUGCAGUGGUAAGUUCAUGGUUUUAACAAGCUGGAGCAGUACUUCUGCCGCGAUACCCUCCACGAGUUUUAAAAGUAAUUUGUAAAACGUGUCGUUCAUUAUUUAAUUGUAUCCCAACAAUAAUUAAUAAACAAUAAUUUUGUAAA